UCUUUAUUUUCGUUUUUUUAAAGUGUCUCUCGUGUCUCGCCGAAGAGAGUACAGAAACCGGAAAGAAAACAAAAGAAUCAGAGAUGAAGUGAGAGAAGAAAAGAGAAAUUUAUAUAGAAAUAGAGGGAGAGGUCAGAGGUUAUCUACUACUGUUUCUUCUGAGAAAGUUCUGAUCUUGUGCCUGUUCCUGUUGGCAAAUCUUCUCGAUCUCCAAUAAUUUCUGAAUUCUCUCUCGAAGAAUUCUUGCAUCGAAAUCAUCGUCGGUCUGGAUUCUGUCGAAUCAGAGACUGCAAAUGGGUAUGAUGAGGUUUUGCUGUAGUGGUUUCGGAUUAAUGGGAGUCGAAGACGGGAUUUUUGUGGUGGAUUUUGUUCUGUUUUGAGCGCUAGGGUUUGGUUUUUAGUUCGUUCGACUGAGUUCGUUGACUAGUGACUUUUAGUGUGUUUCAAAUUGAAGAGGAUUUGUAAUUAUGAGUGGACUGUGUUGGGGUAUUUUUGGGAAGGAAUUCAAAGCUGUUGGUAUAGUCGUUAAUUUGGUUUGGGAGCGUUAGGAAAAAAAGGCUGAAAAGAGGUGUUUUUCGUUAUUCUUUCUCUAUGGGGAAUAAGUUGGGUAAGAGGCGGCAGAUGGUCGAUGAGAAGUAUACAAGGCCGCAGGGGUUGUAUCAACACAAGGAUGUCGAUCAUAAGAAGCUGAGGAAACUCAUUCUUGACUCCAAGUUGGCUCCAUGUUACCCCGGGGACGAAGACUGCGCCUUCGAUCUCGAAGAAUGUCCAAUCUGUUUUUUGUAUUACCCGAGUCUGAAUCGCUCGAGAUGCUGCAUGAAAGGCAUUUGUACAGAGUGCUUUCUGCAGAUGAAGCCUCCUCAUUCAACUCGUCCAACACAAUGCCCCUUUUGCAAAACCUCUAAUUAUGCUGUGGAGUAUCGUGGAAUGAGGUCAAAAGAAGAAAAGGGCAUGGAGCAAGUUGAAGAGCAGCGGGUUAUAGAAGCAAAAAUAAGGAUGAGGCAGCAGGAGCUUCAAGAGGAAGAAGAGAGAAUGCAGAGAAGACAAGAGAUGAGUUCCUCCAGCAGGGUUAUGGCUCCAGCAGACGUUGAAUAUCAGGAUGCAGCGUUGCCAUCGUUUCAUUUCCCUGUGGAAGACGAUGAGAUGUCUUCUCAGGAUUCAUGUGUUGUACCUUCAAUUAUGCAAUCUUCACGUUCUAGGCAGAACAGGGAAGAUGAAUUUGACAUGGAUCUGGAGGAUAUAAUGGUCAUGGAAGCAAUCUGGCUUUCCAUUCAGAAAUCUUGCGGAAAAACAAAUGUACAGGUGAAUGAUGCUCAGAGACAUCCAACUCCUAUUGCUGCUACACCCACAGAGCAGUUUGUCACCAGAGAUCAUUAUGCUUCUCCAGCAAUGGUUCCAUUGGCUGAAGCAUCGUCUCCAUCUGGUGGUCUUGCUUGUGCAAUUGCUGCUCUUGCUGAGCGUCAGCAUAUGGAUGGCAAUCCCUCCACUAAUGAUGUUGGAAAUUCUAGAGCUUUCAGCGUGGUCACAGCUUCUGGAAUGUCAUCCAAUGGAACAGAGAGAAUGGCAGAUAAUUACCCUUCAGGCAGCUGGAUCGAUGUCUCACCGGACAGUGGAAGGGCAGUGUCAAGGGAGGAGGGAGAGUGGGGAAUAGAGCAUGGGUCAGAGGUUGCUGAGGCAGGGACUAGCUAUGCCGGCUCAGAUGCCACAGUAGAUGCAGGGGGAGGUGGAUCUUCUCUACAGGAUGGUAUGGAUGACCGGUUUCAGCCUAACAUGACGGGGGCUGUCAUGCCUGAGAGUUUUGAUGAGCAGAUGAUGCUGGCAAUGGCUGUUUCACUAGCAGAAGCUCGAGCAAGAACGAGUACUCAAGGAUUGGCAUGGUUUUAGCUGGUGAAGCUACCCAUUGGUGGCUUUCUUACCCCCCUUGUACUACUCCUGCCCUUUCAAUCUCUCCCCAUUCUAUCAGGGGCUUGAGCAAGACCAAGUGCUCAAGGGGUCAAAUUGCUUUUGCUCAAGUUACCAUUCAUUUGCUCUCACCCACUUGGUGAGGUCUUUUUCAUCCUGUUCCUGUUGUUACUACGUAUAUAGAUGUAAAGAUGGAAAGUUUGUUUUGAGUUGA